GUUAAGUGUACCAUGGACAACCAUUCUGCAGGAAGCCCAAAAGGACUAUAUCGAAGAAGACUCAAUAGCUGUGAGAGAGCUGAUACCGGUGGUGGUAGCUGCAGCUAUAUGGGGGAGAGAGUGGAGAGGAAAGCUAAUACAAUUUAAUUCCGAUAACAUGGCGGUGGUAGAGGUAGUCAAUAAGAGAUAUAGCAGCAAAGUCAUGCUGAUGCAUUUGUUACGUUGUUUGGUCUUCUUUGCUGCAAAAGAAUCAUUUUGGUUCUCGGCACAGCAUGUACCAGGAAUAAAUAAUGGGCGGGCCGAUGCACUAUCCAGGGGAGAAAUUCACCGUUUUCAUUUCUAUUCCCCACAGGGCACAGAUCGAGAGCCAACUCAUGUCCAAAAGGAACUAGCAGAGAUACUCAUGGAUCCAGAAGGGGACUGGAUAUCAGAGCUCUGGACGCGGCAGUUCAGAAGUAUUUCAAUGAGGGUUUAUCAGCAGCAACAAGGCGAGUGUAUGAGUCGGGGCAGAGACGUUAUUUAGAAUUCUGUAAGGAGUUUAGUUUACAGGCAGUACCUGCUUCAGAAGUGCAAUUAUGUUACUAUGUGGCUUACUUGGGUGACCAAGGAUUAAUGGCAUCGUCACUGAAAAGCUACCUCUCAGCAGUACGGCAGCUCCAAAUUCAAGCAGGUUUUCCAGACCCAGAAAUAGGGCGAAUGCCCCGACUUCAACAGAUAUUAAAAGGGAUAAAAACUACUCGUGGCCAGGAGGGCAGAGCGACUCAAAGAAAAAGGCCGAUUACAGCUAAUAUAAUGAGACAAUUGAAGUCAGUAAUGGACAAGAAUGAUACAAUGUUGUGGGCGGCAUGUAAUGUAGCAUUUUUCGGCUUCCUACGGACGGGAGAAUUCACCGUUCCAAGUGUUGGGAGUUACGACCCAAAGGUACAUCUUAACAUGGGGGAUGUAUCUGCUAAUCAUCCAUCCAACCCAGAUGUCAUUCACAUAAAACUGAAGAAAUCAAAAACAGACCCAUGUUACCAAGGCCGGGUGGUGGUCCUGGGGAAAUCGGGUGAGGACCUCUGUCCUAUCAGGGCUUUGCUGGAUUAUCUGAGAAAGCGAGGAAUGAAGUCCGGCCCCCUGUUUAUUCAGGAGAAGGGUCACCCUCUAACAAAGACCAACUUCGUGUCAAGAGUGAAGGAGAAAUUGGAGAGACUGGGCUACAAUUCAGGUGACUAUUCCGGCCAUAGUUUUAGAGCAGGGGCAGCCACUACAGCGGCUAAGGCAGGAGUGGAGGACUCCAUUAUCAAGGCGCUAGGCAGGUGGGAGAGCUCAGCCUACUUAUUGUAUGUUCGAUUAAGGCCAGAGGACCUGAGAGGUAUGGCAAGAAGGAUGGCGAGAGAGCACAAGGACAGCAAAGAGAGACAAUAGCACAUGGUGGGGAGUGGUCAUAAGGGGGACGGAUACUUGGGGAUAUGUGGGCAUGUCAAACCAGUGUUGUGUUGUAUAGAUUAUGUUAUAUUAUUCAAAAAAAAAGAAGUGAAAGGGACUGGAGGGGAGGGGCAACACAAAUAGAUGCGUACAUUGUUGAAGUUUAAGGGGGGCAAGACACAGGAGAUGAGGGUGGGGAAAAGGGGAGGAUCCGGGAGAAGGGGAUGGAGCUCAGAGCUAUAAGGUUGGUCACCUUAUAUAUGGAAGAAAAAAUUGGGUAAUUUAAAGGGGAGGGUCCAAUUUUGGGCUCAGAGCUCCACCCCCUUUCUCAAGAGAGGAGAUGCCUAGAUAGCCAUCUCUAAAGAAAGAAAAAAAUAGAAAUUAGGCACAUGUACAUGCAUGAAUGCAUUGUGUAUAUGUACAAUGUGCAUGAGAUCCUCUGAGAAAUCCCCAACCCGAGCCAAAGACACAUUAAAUGGAGUUUAAUGAACUCAUUAAACGGAGUUAAUGGGGCGUGGCGAGGGGUGCCAGCACAGCAAGCAACGAAGUGAGCACGUGAAAA